CUGGAUGUCCCUCCGCAGACGGGUCCUUCUCAAAGUGUCCGCGUCCGGGACAACAACCUGGAGCAAGUGACCGUCCGGACGGAAGCUCACCUUCAUCCUCUUCUUCCUCACCCACGUCUGUGUCCGGGUUGCUGGCGCGCGGCCACACGACGUCCAGCUGCGCGUACGUGAGAUGAGAUGUGCCCUUGGAAACAACGCGCCUUUAAAGCUGCUAAACCACCCAGUGGGCGUGCGGAGGCGGCUCUGUCGCUCAGGUCUCAGGGUGAGAGGCAGUGUGGCCGGGGGGAGAGCGGUCGACGUGAGGCUGGUGGACACGAGGUGCAGCUGAUCGCUUGUGGAUAUCUUGUAUUUUUGGGUUCUAAUGGCUUCAUGAAAUGAAGUGGAGCAGUUUUCUCUGAGAUGGAGCAGUGAAGGGGAAGCCAUGAUGCUGCGUCCGGCUGUGUCCCGCCCCCGUAGACCCGCUGUAAGAGGAGCCGGUUACCUCCUCCAUUGCCAGUCCUCCUCCUUCCUCUCCAUGACAGAGGAACUUUUCUUAGAUGCAGCAGAAUAUGGCAACGUCCCUGAAGUGAGGCGGAUGCUGGAGGAGCUUCCACACCUCAACGUCAACUGCGUGAACUACAUGGGCCAGAGUGCAUUGCAGCUGGCUGUGGCCAACGAGCAUCUAGAGGUGACCAAGCUCCUGCUGAGGAAGAAGGACCUCGCUAGAGUGGGCGAUGCUUUGCUGUUGGCCAUCAGCAAAGGCUACAUCCGCAUCGUGGAGGCCAUCCUGGGUCACCAGGCCUUUGCCGACAGUGAGAGACUCACCGACAGCCCGGGCCAGGCGGAGUCUCACGACGACUUCUUUGCCUAUGACGAGGACGGCACACGUUUCUCUCACGACAUCACUCCCAUCAUCCUGGCGUCCCAGAGCAACGAGUAUGAGAUCGUGCACAUACUCCUGUCGAAGGGCGCCCGCAUAGAGCGGCCUCACGACUACUUCUGUCAGUGCAGAGCCUGCAACCAGCAGCAGAGACACGACGCCUUCAGCCAUUCCCUAUCCAGGAUCAAUGCUUACAAAGGUCUGGCCAGUCCGGCGUAUCUGUCGCUGUCCAACGAGGACCCGGUGAUGGCAGCGCUGGAGCUGAGCAACGAGCUCGCUGUCCUGGCAAACAUUGAGAAGGAGUUCAAGGUAGGAUCAUUGAUUAAACACGUUGCAGGCUAUGACAUGAUUCUAUGGUGCUACAGAUUUUUCCUUUCUCUGUUGCAGAACGAUUACAACAAACUGUCCAUGCAGUGCAAAGACUUUGUGGUCGGACUCCUGGAUUUGUGUCGGAGCACCGAGGAAGUGGAGGCCAUCUUAAACGGGGACCGCGACUCGUGUCAAAGCCACGAGUCCUUCGGCAAACAAAACCACAUCCGGUUGAAACUCGCUCUGAAGUAUGAAGUUAAAAAGUUUGUAGCUCAUCCCAACUGCCAGCAGCAGCUCCUCUACAUCUGGUACGAGAACUUCUCCGGACUCCGUCAGCAGAACACAGCGGUUAAGGUGCUACUGGUCCUGGGUGUAGCAGUCGGGCUGCCCAUCCUGGCCUUCAUGUACUGGAUCGCACCUUCCAGUAAGUUGGGGAAGCUCAUGCGUGGACCCUUCCUGAAGUUCGUGGCCCACGCUGCUUCCUUCAUGAUUUUCCUCUGCCUGCUGGUCCUGAACGCCGCCGACCGCUUCGGGGGAACGUCGCUGCUGCCCAACAUGACCGUCCACGACCACCCGGCACAGCUGUUCCGCAUGAAGACCACCCCCUUCACCUGGAUGGAGAUCCUCAUCAUAUCUUGGGUCAUAGGGAAGAUCUGGGAGGAAUGUAAAGACAUUUGGUCGCAGGAUAUCCGGGAGUACAUCUCCGAACCCUGGAACCUUCUGGACUUCAGCAUUUUGGCCAUUUUCAUGACGUCUUUCAUCGCCAGGUUGAUGGCGUUCUGGCACGCGUAUUCUGCUCAGUGUUACGUUGACAAGCACUUCACCGACCUGUCCAACAUGAGCCUGCCCUCCGACAUACAAUACUUUCAGCUGGCUCGGAUCAACUGGAUGCCCUCGGACCCGCAGCUCAUCUCCGAAGGCCUCUAUGCCAUCGCGGUCGUGCUGAGCUUCUCUCGCAUCGCCUACAUCCUGCCGGCCAACGAGAGCUUCGGGCCGCUGCAGAUCUCUCUGGGACGCACAGUGAAAGACAUCUUUAAGUUCAUGGUGGUCUUCAUCACGGUGUUUGUGGCUUUCAUGGUGGGAAUGUUCAACCUGUACUCGUACUACCUCGGAGCCAAGCACAACGAUGCGUUCACAACACUCGAGGAGAGCUUCAAAACCUUAUUCUGGGCCAUCUUCGGUUUGUCUGAAGUGAAGUCGGUGGUCCUGAACAUCGACCACAAGUUCAUUGAGAACACCGGCUACGUCCUGUUCGGGGUGUACAACAUCAUCAUGGUGAUUGUGCUGCUGAACAUGCUCAUCGCCAUGUUCAACAGCUCCUUCCAGGAAAUACAGAGCGACGCUGACGUCGAGUGGAAGUUCGCUCGAGCCAAACUCUGGUUCUCGUACUUUGAGCACGGCGUCACGCUGCCCGUGCCCUUCAACCUGGUUCCCAGCCCCAAGUCGGUCGUCUCCCUCCUGCUGGGGAUCAGAGGAUUCCUCCGUCCUGCACCUCGAGGCAAAAUCAAAGAGAGUUCAAACGAUGAGACGGAGCUCAACAAGUUGAGGCAACAGGAGGAUCUGAGUGUGGCAGCGUCAGUUUGUCCGACUCACCAUCAGCAGAUAAUGAACCGCCUCGUCAAGAGAUACAUCGUGAAAGCACAAACGGAUAAAGACAACGACGAAGUGAAAGAGGGUGAGCUGAAAGACAUAAAGCAGGACAUCUCCAGUCUGCGCUACGAGCUGCUGGAGAGGCAGAGCCAGGACACGGAGAUGCUGGCUGAGCUCAUCGGGCAACUGGGAGACGUCAUGCGUGAUCAGCAGAAAGAAGAGUAGAGGCCAAAGCUGACUUCUUUAAAAAGUUAUGUCAAAAUCAAGAUCUGGACACGCUGCACUCGUCUCAUUAUUGAGGAAUCGAGGGUCAAAAGGCCUUUAUGCUCAGACGUGGAUAUUCAGAAUGUUAAAUAUGGAAACCUUCCCUUAGUGUAGCUUCACAUUCUCCUCCUCCCCGUCUCUGUACAGAUAAACAACAUGGUGGCACUGGUGGAACCCGGUUCUCCUGCUGCACAGCCUCUGUUUUCCUAAUAUCUACUGCUGAUUACUCACAUAUCAUGUUUGCAUAGUUUGAUUUGAGGGAGAGUUGUAAUAGUAAAAUCAGUUGAGAUAAAACAGACGUAGGAGUCUGGAUAAAAAACAAAGGAAACGAGUGCUGGUGAUAACGGCCCCUCGGACAUUCCUGUGAUUCUCCUUCUUUUUUCUAACGCUGUGUUUUAUUGAAGCGUUGAUCACUAACAUCAAAUGAAUAUAAUUAAAAAAUCUCAGGGCGCACACAGGGGUUUUAUGGCUUCCUCACAUCAUUAGAUCAGACGUUGUCGUGCCCCCUCACACUCGCGGUGAAGCCGGACAAACGUCUGAGAGCAGCUUGACCUGUCGAGACGUUCGACCCGGAGACUAAAAGCCACCGAGCCGAGUCCCCGAGCAGCCAUUCCCCCCCCGUGUGUCGGCAAUAUCAGACAUCUGAUUUACAAAGAGGGAGCCGGAGGGAUUGUGUUACACAAUGAUUUGAAAGCCUCCGGUGGUCACCAUGUGGCUCCAGCAUCACAUUUACAGAUUACAGGCUGAGAACUGGGCCACAUUACAGCACGGUGAAGAACACAUCAUCCAGAUACGAGUGUGAAGCUGCUAUCCAGGAAUUAUGUCGGCCGCAACAUGAGGAUCCCCCGUGAUACCGUCCAGGGUGUUGACGCAGGAGAUAGGGCCAAGGCCUGCGUGUGCAUCACACACCCACACCCCACUGAUGAACUCCAACUGUCAGACCUGAUGUGUUAUCUAGAGCGGGAUAACACAGUGUAAACCAGUAGAUUCCCUCCAGUUAUGACUCAAUAUGACAGAGAAUGUAACAGAAGAUGUUCUUCACGUUGUGAAAGUGCAUUUGACAAAUAUACAGUAAAACACGAAGCUUUGAACAGAUGCAAAUGUGCAAAAAUGGAAUCAUUGAAAAUAAAAAGUGUUGAAUGAAAAUAAAGAAAGUAAAGAUUGUAAUUACUUUGGUAUUUCUACAGAUCUUACGAAGAUUGGAUGAUGUUUCACAGUUGUAAAUACAUGUUAAAGCAUAAAUUAGAUGCAUGAUUUUGUCCUCAGUUUUAUUAUUGUUUAUUCUAAAGUGUCCAAGUAUUAUUGCGUGUCUGGUCUUUUACUACUUUCCAACAUAUAUGACAAAUAUAGAGU